AUGAGAUACGGAGCCGAACGCUCACUAUUCGCGGCGGCGGCCCUAGCGGUGCUGCCCCUAGCGUACGCCCAGCAACCCGGCACGCUGACGCCUGAGGUGCACCCGAAACUGCCGACGUGGAAAUGCACGACGGCGGGUGGGUGCGUGCAGCAGGACACGUCGGUGGUGCUGGACUGGAACUAUCGCUCGAUCCACACGGCCUCAGGCUCCGCGUCCUGCACUACAGCUAGCGGCGUAAACGCGACCCUCUGCCCGGACCAGGCAACGUGCUCGAAGAACUGCGUGGUUGAAGGCGUCGACUAUGCUAGCAGUGGUGUCGAGACCUCGAGCAGCGCCUUGACGCUGAAGCAGUUUGUCCAGGGCAGCACCGGCAAGCUGUCGAGUGUGUCGCCGCGCGUGUACCUCCUUGGCCCAGACGGCAACUAUGUGAUGCUCAAGCUUCUAGGCAAGGAGCUGAGCAUGGACGUGGACCUCUCAACGCUGCCGUGCGGCGAGAAUGGAGCCCUGUACCUGUCCGAGAUGGACGCGACAGGCGGGCGCAGUAAUGUCAACACUGGGGGCGCCAACUACGGGUCCGGAUACUGCGACGCCCAGUGCCCUGUGCAGACCUGGAUGAACGGCACACUCAAUACAGGCCGGCGCGGAUUCUGCUGCAACGAGAUGGACAUUCUUGAAUCGAACUCCCGCGCUAGCUCCUUCACGCCGCACCCCUGCUCCAAUGACGCCUCCAACUGCGACAAGAGUGGCUGUGGGUACAAUCCUUAUGCCCUGGGCUACAGGGACUACUACGGGCCUGGACUCAAGCUCGACACGUCCAAGCCCUUUACAGCUAUCACCCGGUUUGAGACAGACGACGGCACCGCCACAGGCAAGCUCGCCCGAAUCACCCGGGUCUAUGUCCAGAACGGCAAAGAGAUCCCAAGCGCGGCGUCGCCUUCCAAGGACGUCAUCACGGCGGCAGGGUGCUCGUCUGCGAACUCGUUUGGUGGCCUUGCCAGGAUGGGCGAGGCGCUUGGCAGGGGCAUGGUGUUGGUAUUCAGCAUCUGGAACGACGGCGGGCAGUACAUGCAGUGGCUGGAUGGCGGCAACAACGGGCCGUGCAACACUAGCGAGGGCAGUCCUGCCAACAUCCAGGCCAAGUACCCGGACGCCCAUGUUGUCUUUUCGAAUAUCCGGUGGGGCGACAUCGGGUCUACUGCUAACGUCUCUGGUGGCGGUGGCGGCGGCGGUCCUGGGUCGACGACUACGAAGCCGACUACAACUACAAAGCCGACUACGACUACGAAACCGACUACGACUACGAAGCCGACCACGACUCUUACUACCACUACAAGGCCCGGCCCAUCGCAGACCCAUUGGGGCCAGUGUGGUGGCCAGGACUGGUCCGGACCGACCGCGUGUGAAGCGCCAUUCGCAUGCCAGACCCAGAACCCGUGGUAUGCUCAGUGUCUGUGAGGACUGCCCGUCUGAAAAGCACGGGAGUACCAUGUUAUAAGUGGUAUGCGGAGGACAUAGAACAUUAGGC